CUAGCCUGAUUGGCCACCUCUCAUCUCUGGGCCCCCAAGCCUCCCUCUCACCCCUUACAGGAAGCCCUCUGGUGCUGAGGGCUCCAAGGGGGGAGGCAUAGAACCUGAGACAGAGGCAAGUUCUCAGCCACCAUCUAAACCACUGAUGAUCUGACACCCUCAGGGCCCUCCCUGACCACACACUAGGUGGGGACCAGGCCCAAAGAGGGGAGGUAGGAUGUGCAAUCCAGGAAGGGAGGAUGUGCGAAAGCGCUAGCUACCGGGAACUGCGCGAACCCGAACCAGCUCGUGUGCAGGAGCACAGACUCCUCACUGCCCCUGCCGCUCGCUGGCUUCUCUUGCUUGAGCUCCAGGACCCAAGAGUUCGGGUGCGCAGCCUCCUCCUCUCUCAGAGACUCGGGAGUCUGGAUCAGCAGCCUCUUCACCCCCCAGGACCCAGAAACUCAGCGCUCACCCCAUGGAGCCCUUCCGGUCCCUGGCCCUGCUCACUGGCUCCCUGGGCCUGAUGUCCUCCCUGGUGGCUCUGAGCACCGACUUCUGGUUCGUGGCCAUGGGACCCACACACUCCGCUCACUCAGGCCUCUGGCCAAGGGAGCACGGAGACUCUGUAGCAGGCUACAUCCACGUGACGCAGAGCUUCUGCAUUCUGGCUGUCCUGUGGGGCCUGGUGUCCGUGGGCUUCCUGGUGCUGUCCUGCAUCCCCUCACUGUCUGCCCCGGGCCGCGGCCCCCUUGUCGCAACCGUCACAGCCUUCGCUGCGGCCCUCUCCAUGACAGUGGCCAUGGCAGUGUACACCAGCGAGCGGUGGGGACAGCCUCCACCAUCCCAGAUCCAGAUCUUCUUCUCCUGGUCCUUCUACCUGGGCUGGGUCUCAGCAAUACUGCUGCUCUGCACAGGUUCUCUGAGUCUGGGUGCUCACUGUGGCACCCGCCAGCCGGGCUACGAAACCUUGUGAGCAGAAGGCAAGAGCAGCACCAUGUUUUGACCACUGUCUUCUGAAGGCCUCAUCAGGAGCCGUGGGAAUGCCUGGUCCUGCCUUCGUCCCUCACUCCCAACCCUUCCCCAGCCCCUUCAUCUGUUUCUGCAUUCGUUCAACAAAAACUCU